AUUUUCCGAGAUACGUGCUCCGAACCGUCUCCGAACCGUGUCUAUUCCGUCGCUAGAGUAUCCACCGAUCGAGAAACAAUCAGAAUGAUGAAGACAGUGAUUCUGGGACUUCUCGCCGCGUCCGCGAUGGCGGUGCCCAUGCCGGACGGCAUCGACGCGCAGGCGAACAUGGACCUCGAUUGCCUGGUGCAAGAGGAUGCAAUGUUCAGCUGCAUGUUCGUCAAGGCAGCCAGCACCUUGAACAGGGCCGCCAGGUCCAGCGACAUCGAGAUCUUCGACGGCGUCAAGUUCGUCCGGGAAACGCCAAUGGAACGCAACGGCAAGGACCUGAAGACGGAAAUGGACAUCAUGAACGAGCUGCCGAGGGACGCGUCCGACCGCGCCAUCAAGCUGGUGAACAUGCUCUACGAGUCCGCGAUGUCCUUCGUGAAGAGCCACAGCCUGAAGCUGAGCAUACCCGAGGACGCCUCUAUUUCCCGUGCUCUCGACGAAGGCCGCGGCAAGAUGAAGAAGCUGAUACUGCCGGUGGUAGCCGCAGUCGCAGUGAAGCUGUUCGCUCUGGUGCCAAUCCUUCUCGGAGGUCUCGGACUUCUGGUGGCGAAGGCCCUCGUCGUUGGCAAGGUCGCUCUGCUCGUGGCCGGAGUCUUGGCCUUCCAGAGGCUGUUCAACGGCGAGAACAAAGGCCAAGCCAGCUUCUUCAGCAAGAACACUCAACCGGCAUGGCUCGACAAUGGCAGCCAAGGCUGGUCAUCCGGCGCCGUGGCACAGCAGCAAGGUUAUUACAAGAGAAGCUUCGAAGCUGAGAAAGACGCCCAUGCUAUGGCGUACGCAGCUCAAAUGCCCGUUACGAACGAAGCUCAUUAAAAGAGAUGAUCUCGACGGCUCUGUCGUCGAUGGAGAAACCAUUCGCCAUAUCUCUAGAGCCUGGUGGGCGCGGACCCUUCGGCUCACGACUGCUAGACUAGUAUUUAUGUAUAACUGUACCCUAACUUAUGGAUCACUUAAAUUAUUCGACGACCAACUGUACUGAUAAUAAAUUAUUUCUACCAAAA